AUGUUCCCUGCUCAGGAGGAAGCCGACAGGACGGUGUUUGUGGGAAAUUUAGAGGCCCAAGUGCGGGAAGAGAUUCUUUACGAGCUUUUCUUACAGGCUGGGCCAUUAACCAAAGUGACUAUCUGCAAAGACAGAGAAGGAAAGCCGAAGUCUUUUGGUUUUGUCUGCUUUAAACACCCAGAAUCGGUGUCUUAUGCCAUAGCUUUGCUGAAUGGAAUUCGUUUAUAUGGAAGACCAAUUAAUGUGCAGUAUCGAUUUGGGAGCUCUCGCUCUUGUGAUCCAGCUAACCAAAGUUUUGAGAGCUGUGUCAAGAUAAAUUCACACAGCUACAGAAAUGAAGAAGUCAUGGGCAGAACUUCCUUUCCCAUGCAGUUCUCUCCAAUUAAUAAUGCAGCUUUACCUCAGGAAUAUCUUUUCUUUCCGAAGAUGAUGAAUGUAUGUGGGUUUUUUCCACAGCAGUGGCAUGCAUAUAAUCCAGCACUGCAGCUUCCUUACUAUGAGAUGACAGCACCACUUCCUAAUAGCACUUCUGUGUCUUCCUCACUGAAUUGUGUUCCAGAUCUAGAGGCUGGACCCAGCUCUUAUGAAUGGGCUCACCAACAGCCAAGUGACUCUGACCUUUAUCAGAUGAAUAAACGCAAGAGGCAAAAACAAACCAGUGAUAGUGAUAGUAGCACAGAAAACAAUAGAGGAAAUGAAUAUAGCCAAAAUUUCCGAAAGUGUAAGAAAAAAAGAUACUAG